ACAACACGGCUUUUCUCUCAUUGUGGUUGAGCAAUUUAAAUAAAAAAUAAAAAUAGUGAAAAUGAUGCCUACAUUAAUAAUAUUCGUUUUAAUUAUUUGUUCUUCUUCUUGUGGCGGUUUGGGGCAGAGCUUCACUUCCGCAUUCACACGUUGUCGUAGCAACAGCACAGCUGUUUGUGGACGCAAAAGCAGCUGCUGACAAACACGUUAGCGUCGGUCUAACGGCUUUAAAGUACCUUGCUGUCAUCGCAUUAAUGGCCGCUUACCGAGCCCCCGAAUCAAAACGGGAGCAGUUUAGAAGAUACCUGGAGAAAUCCGGUGUUCUGGACACUUUAACGAGCGUCUUGGUGGCGCUAUAUGAGGAGCCUGACAAACCCAACAAUGCACUCGACUUCAUAAAGCUCUACCUGGGGGCGGCGGAGCCGGUGGACACCGAACCGCUGCGUCAGGAGCUGGCCGACCUGCAGGAGAAGUGCAGCCUGCUGAUGGAGGAGAACCAGGAGCUGAAGAGCCGGCUGAUGCAGUACGAGUCCAAGUCCGAGGAUGCGCCCACCAUCUGAAGGCUCCCACCU